GGAACUGUCGGGUAAACGGAGUCGGAGUUUGCGCUUGAGCUUUCACGAAUGGGGGAAUGUUUUCCAUCCCCUUUCCGACGGCUGCCUCACCCCAAUGGAGACGCUUUCGAUGUUUAUGUUCUUAUCGAUCGAGUGGGUGGUAAAUACAAACCUGAAACCUACCCCAACCGUAUGGUGGAUAAGCACAAAGGAUGCGUGCGACAGAGAACGAAUCGGGUUGGCUGCAGGGAAGAACGAGCGCGCUGGGAAGAUAAACCGUCGCUCGUGCGUGAGAGUGUGUAUGUGUGUGAGUGAGUACAGCAAGCGAAGAGACGGUUGUAUGAAGACGAAAGGACAUCAGCAGAACGUGAUGCAGUGCAGGGCGAGCGUUUCGAGUCGAUAUUCACUGCUGCCGCACGCCACCGCCAAGCGGAUGAUUCUCGGUGGCGGCGUCGGUGGUGGUGGUGUUGGUGGCGGUGUUGGUGGAUCAGCCCAUCGCUGUCAGCAGUCGGUGGUGCCGCGAAUGCUGGGCGAGGGGUUUAAUGUGGAUUCCGGGUUCGAAACGUCUGACUUCGAUUUUACCGACUUUGCCGAGGAGAUGCUGCCGUCGCGCGACUUCAUUCAACCGCUUUCGCUCGAGCAGGACGGUCUCGUCGGAGAUGGCCGAGGCAUUCCGUUUCGAACCGGCGCGGCCGACAGACGUUGCUCCGGGCUGAGCGCACGCAGGAUGUCCGACUGUCCUCGACGUAUGCUGAAUCUGCUGCAUGGCGCCAAAAAUCGUCGUAAGAGUCGCAUAUCAUUUGAUUUUUCCAACGAUCUUCACCAGGCGGAGAAAUCGGUGCAAACGUCCCCCAUCAAGCAUCCGAACAAGAACUGGCGCUUCGAAGAUGCCCGCAAGGCAAUACUGGUGGAGAUGGAGGCGGUCGGGCAGCUGCGGAAGCCGCACGUCCUGCUGUUACGCUUCCCGGAUCCGCACCUCAGCAAGGAAGUCGUUCAAGGCUUCUCGGCCAGCAUCGAGAAUGUGAUUUUCCAUCGUCCAGCAACGCCAAGGUAUUGUGUGGUGCAUUUGAAACCGGAAGCGGACGUGGACAGCGUCAUGAAGCAAAUUUCACGGAUCCCGUUCGGUGCUGGAAAAAUCAUGGUCGAACGGAAGACACGCAAUGCCGAUCAGAAGCCCGUGGUCCAGCCGGAAGACAUCGAUCCGUACACGCUGUUCAUUGGCAACCUGCCCAACGUGGUGACGGUGCAGACGGUGAAGCAAAUGUUUCCCGCUGCCAAACGCAUCGAUAUCGGUCACGCUCAGCGCAUCAAGCACACCCGCUACGCUUUCAUACGCUUUACGAACGUGGAGGAAGCGAUCCAAGCGUUCAAAGCCAAUCACAACAAGGUCAUUGACGGGAAAAACAUCAUCAUUCGCUUCCGGCGGCACAACGCGCCGAUCGCGCUGCCCGAGGACACGACCACGCCGAAAACGCCCAAACGCCAGAAGGCUGGCGGCCAGCAGCAGCAGCAGCCGCAGCUGGUGGUGUCGGUCGAGCAGCGGCCGAAGCGCCUCAGCCUGGUACCGGCCGCCGCUGGACCGGGCCAUUCCGGUACGCUCAGCACGAUCAAGACGGAAAUACUGGACGAGGACGACAUACCGGACGGUGCACCGGUGGGCAGGAACGUGAAGCGGUACGAAGGGGCCGGCGGUCCCCUGUGUGUCAUCAAGUCCGAACCGGACGAUACGGACAUCGAGGACAGCCUGGAGGAGGAGGAGGACGUUGACAACAUACGGGACUUUCUGGAGGAGCAGGAGGAGGAGGAGGGCCUCAAUUUGGACGAAAUCAAUCCGGAUGAAAACUACUGCGAAGAGGACGAUACGGACAUUGACAGUUUUGGCAAGAACUACUGGACGCUGGAGCAGCUGCGCCGUAACGCGGCUGGCGACAAUGGAUCCGGCUCGGUGAAGAACGAGGAACAGGACCUGGAAUCGGCUACCAAAACGACCUCCACCAUGCUGAUAAAACGCAAGGAUCACAAACCACCGACCACGGUCAUCAAAACGAAGCGUCGCGAUGAUCAGCUGAACGAUCUCUUCAGCUGCCUAGAGCCGGACGAUGAUCUCUCAUUAUGAGAUUCGAUGGAGCUGUUCUCGGACUUCAUUCAAUACGUCACGCUUAACUAGAGUGACGGAAGUACCGUUCGUCGGAUGCCGAAGUUGGCCAAUGCGAGAACGUGCGAGUGAAGCUGUCCCGAAAACAGUUCCGGCAAGCGCUUUAAAAAAAGAAGAAACAUGAUCGACAACAACAACAAGCAAAGAAAACCUAUUUCCCCCGGUGUUGUAGGCGAGUUUUAAUGCAUUUAUCCUUAUUCGUAGACUGGCUGCAUGAGUUCGGCAAGGCGUUAAGCGAGCGCAGUAGCGCAAAUUCGGUAAUUUUAAACUUUAGACGGGACCAGACAGACGACAACCUUCCAGUUCCUAUGCGACCUUCGUGUUCCAGUCAGAUUCUAAGUCGUGUUCCAGUCCCAAAGCAAAGGAGAGAUAGAGA